AUGUGGAGGAACCGGAGUGAGCUCGGCUUCGUGAAGCAGUCGCGCCACGGUUCUUCUGGUCCUUUUGGUCGCGAGCGAGACAAAAAGAAGCGCGAUUCCCGUCGCGUAGGCUCCUUGAAACGGGAGGCGGCGGAGUCAGCCGACAUAUACCUCCGUAAACCUUUGGCCGAAUGGGUGAACAGGGUUGGACAACGCUCCUCAUCUCCCGGGGUAGCAGCACAACUGGGGUCCGAACAGACUGGAGACCACUCCUUUUUCGUCAACAAGCGGUGCAAGGGCCUGAAGUACAAGCGAGAAAAGGCGGGAGAGCUAUCAAAAUCGGUCAACGGCCUCCCCGCAUUUCCUGUCUGUUUUGAGCCUAGCUGUUCUCAAAUGAAGGUCGGGAUGAUUAAUACAACAAAGACUGGUAUAAUCGGUGAGAGAAUGGGACCGAGUAAGGCUAAUGGGUAG